CAGUCGAAGCCAAAGUAGUUGUUCUAUUUGUGAUCUCAAAACUCGAACUUUGCGUUGGUUACGUACUCCAACAAGUGUGUUUAAGCUUCUGGGGUUCUUGGGCCGAAGGGGAACUAGCAGAUCUCAGUCACAUGAAGGGUUCUUUUACUCUGGUGGAUGUGCUUCUGGUACUCGCCUUGUUGAAUGAAGCUACAUUGACUGUCAAGGGCAGGCCACAUUGCAAACAGACAAAUUCAGGAGUUUUUCGACCUCACAGUGUCUCAAUCAGCGAGUUUGGUGCAGUAGCUGGCCGGUGGUUAACAGGAAGCUUCGUUCUCAUCAGUCAUCUAACUUUGCGCUUAGAUAAGGAUGCUACAAUUCUUGGAUCCACGAACUCUGAUGAUUGGCCACUUACUGAUCCCCUACCGUCAUAUGGCCGAGGUAGGGAGUUACCUGGUGGAAGGCAUCGAAGCCUCCUUUAUGGAAACAAUUUGACUGAUGUUGUUAUAACAGGUGAUAAUGGAACUAUUGAUGGUCAGGGCACAGUCUGGUGGAAUUGGUUCCGAAAUGAGACCUUGGAUUAUACCAGGCCUCAUUUGGUUGAGUUGAUGAACUCAAAUGGUGUCUUCAUCUCAAACCUGACCUUCCUUAAUUCACCUUUCUGGAAUAUCCACCCAGUGUACUGCAGGUCUAAUGUGUUACGACCCCAAAUAUCUUCAAGAGAUUACCUGGUAAAUGGGGCUCAGUUCAACUCUUCCAAUGACGUUUGCAUUGAAGACUGUUACAUAAGCACUGGCGAUGAUCUGAUUGCCAUCAAAAGUGGGUGGGAUGAAUAUGGUAUUUCCUUUGCUCGUCCCAGUACUAAUAUUAUUAUUCACCGGCUUGUUGGAGAGACUCGGUCAAGCUCAGGCAUUGCAAUUGGAAGUGAGAUGUCUGGAGGUGUAUCGGAAGUUCAUGCUGAAGACCUCCAAUUCUUCAAUUCAAAUGCAGGUAUUACAAUAAAGACGUCUCCUGGGCGGGGUGGUUAUGUGAAAAAUAUCUUCAUAUCAGAUGUGACUCUAAUGGAUGUUAAUGUUGCUAUAAGGGUUAUUGGCCAGUAUGGAGAGCAUCCGGAUGAGUUUUAUGACCCUAAUGCUCUUCCCCUAAUAGAGAUGAUUACCAUUCAAGAUGUUACAGGAGAGAAUGUUAAAGUUGCAGGCCUCAUGGAGGGUAUAAAAGAGGAUGAUUUCCAUAACAUUUGCCUAUUUAAUCUCUCUCUCAGUGUAAGUUCAGGUUCCCCAUGGAACUGUUCUUAUAUCCAAGGAUAUUCAGACUUGGUUUCCCCAGAGACUUGUCAGCCUCUCAAAGAGAGAAUCUUUCCUGAGCAUUCCUCGGAUUGUUACCAUUUGUCAGACCACCUGCGGAGGAUGAGUAGUCGAAAUGGAGGUGAUCAGUUUCUCUCAUGGUAA